CACUUUGGGCACAUGGGACAAAAGGGGCAGGGUCUCAAGCACCCUGCCCCCUGCACGUGCCUGGAUCACAGUGAUCUUUGAGAGCUGAAUCAUACAAAUGUCUGUAUUUACGAACCUCUGCCAUACUAGUUCUUGCCAGUCCGCCAUGUUAUUCCACGUUCGACUGUCCGCGUGGUUAGAAAAUUUCCUAGGUGCGCGAUGCGGAAAAUUUGGGCCGUGCAGAGGUGCGGUGGAGGGGCGUGGUUGUUAAAAUGAUGCAAUUUCACUGCGCGGACCUCGCGGACGCGUCAAGCAUAAACCAACCUCAAUCCAGGGGUAGCUAUAGUGCCCCCUAGCACCUCCCCUGGCGCCGCCACUGGAAAAGAGCAGAAGAGCAAUGGAACAGAAAAGAAACAGAAAGAACAUAACAAGGAAUGAUAAAAUCAUGCAGAUAAUCUCCCAAACAAAGGCUUUUUGUUAGUGAUGGCUCAGUAAUAGUGACCUUUGAAAAGAAGCUUUAACUCAUCUUCUUAAUGAGGAGCUUUGACCUUAAUACACUGCAAACAAUGCUUGAGUUUUGAAACACAUUUAAAAAAAGCUCCCGAGUACAAAAAGCUCCUUUAUCCCCGUCCAAACUUUCCUUGAGCCUUAAGCCGUAUGUAAUCCUACUAACCAGUCCUGCUCCUCCCAUUCCAACCAUUAAUAAAAGCAUAGCUAUCAAGUGUGUCUGCCUCACUGCCAUCAUGUUUCUCAUCCAACUGCUCAACUUUUUCUUUGCUGCCUCCAAAAAGGAAGAAGACUGUAAAUAUGACCUGUCUCUGUACAAGCGUGGCGACUUGCUAGAGGUGCCCCGGACCUUAUUCACACACUUUGGUAUUUACUUGGGCAACGAUCGGGUGGCACAUUUAAUUCCAGACAUCCUGCCUGCAGUUUUCAAGGAUAAAUCCGCCAUUGCCAAGAUGGUGACAAAUAAUCGUUUACUUAUGGGGGUCAUCACCAAGGAGGCCAGUGUGAGAGUGGACUCGGUGGCAGAUUUUGCUUAUGGAUCGGAUAUUCUCAUCAACCACAUGGAUAAAGCUUGCAGACAGCCUCCACUGGAUGGAGAGGAGGUGGCACGAAGGGCUGAGAAGCUCCUGGGAUCUGUCACCUACAGCUUGCUGUGGUACAACUGCGAGCACUACGUCAUGUACUGCAGAUAUGGGAUAGCCAUAAGCUACCAGACAUACCAGUUCUGCACAACAGUCCGUAAGAUUGUAUUCAGCAGGAUGAGCGCCUGUUUGACAGCAGUGUGCGGAGUCGGCACCAUGCUGUAUCUGGGCUGUGCAACGCCGCUGAUGCUACUACUCAACCUGCUCGUCUCUUUCACCAUCUGGAUGGCGUCAUAAACCCCCCCCCCCCCCCCCCCCCCCCAAACUGUUCCAUACAAUGAAACUGAUAAGGUGCAUUUGUUUUGUGGCAUUUAAAGGCAACAAUUUCAAAAAAAUAAAUAUGUAUGAUUUAACAAUUGUGCUGUCAAACCGUCUUAAAUAUUUUUGUGUUUAUUUGUAAAGUGUAAUCAUUAGUUGCUCAGAGAACGUAAAUAGAAACACUGGAAGGCAGAUCUAUGAAGGGGGGCAUGUUUAGACUUUUUUUCAGACUUGACCUUUCUUUUCUUUUGUUCAGACGUCACAAAAUAUGUAUCUGAAGCCCUUUGCACAAAAUCCAUCUCACAUGAAGCAAUUUCAGCAGUUUUAUUCUUGACAUUGUGAGUACCUUCCAGAAUGAUCCGUUUCAGGGCUGGGUAGCCACACUGGCAACUAUUGUUGCCAAAGUGUAUCACUGUCAUUUUUGACUCACAUAAAAAAAUUACAGUGUUACUAACCCAACAUGUUCCACUUAUUUGUUAGUAAACAACUUAGACAAAAGCUUUGUCUAAAAAAAAUUUGUUUCCAAGUGCUUCCAAUCGUAUGACAUCAUCUGCUUCCUGCUCCUUCCUGCUGAAGACAUGGCGACUGCAAAGCAUCCUGGAAACAGGUCAUUUUUAGACAUUUCAGAUGAACUGCCCCAAAAUAUAUUUGUAAUAAUUUACUCAUUCAAGUCUCUAUAGUAACCCUCCAUCCAAAAAUUAUACCCAAGAUAAAUAUUUGUUUCUUAAUAGGCUUAUUUCUGUAAGUGGCAACAAUAUAGGUACAAAGCAUGUCGCUAACUAAAGGAAAACUCUCUGCAGGAUCGCUCCUAAUUUACUUAUUUAAAAUAUUGGAAUGAUGUACAAUGGCUCAUUUUAGUCCUCUUAGAAUACUUUUCCAAGCUAAAUAACUUCACAGGUAUCCAAGGCCUGUGUGUAUAGGAUUUGUAUACGUUACCAUACAUCAUUUUCUUGCUAGCAAACAUUAGCUUGUAUCUCACAGUCUAACGAUAGCUAGCUAGUUGAAAAGCUAAUGAAGAUGUUGAUGUGCAGCUGGGGGUGCACUUUUCUUUGCACACAAGAGCUUACAUAACCAGUACACACACCUAUGACUCAGGGUAAUCUAGUAAUCUUCGGUCAACAGUGGUGAAAUCCAUCAUCACAAACUCAAGUGGGAUAUUGCUUUUACAGAACGUUCUACAUAUGGAACAUGACAAUGUACAAGGGAUGAUAUUGAAGAUUGAGUAAUAGCAUAAUAUGCAUGUUUUGACAUUGAUUUAGGUCCUGGAAAAACGGGCAGAUGGAUCUCCUCUCAUUCCAGAGGCUGGUAGUCCAGACCCUCCUCCAGGGGGGGUGCUAGGAAAAAUUUUGCCCGAGGAAAAUAAUGCCCCAUGGUCGGCCCUGGUUAUGACGAUAUUCUCUAUUCCUGUUAUUAGGUGACAUUUCACCUACUGACAAGCUGUGAGACCACUGGCAACAUGAGUUGCCAGUCAUGCCAUUUUCUUCCCAAAAAAGUACAUAAUUGAAAAAAAAAUUAUAUAACAUGAUUCAGAGGGACUUUACUGAUAAAAUGAUAUGCAUUACGACUCUGAAAAAAGUUUGGGCACAAAGUUAAAAAUCUCUGUUCCAGGAGGGGCUCAGAGUGGAGUUGCUGCUUCUCCAAGUGAGAGGGGUUUCUAGUCUAAUUUCCCCAUAUGUGACAUCACAAACAGGGGCUUUUGAAGUGACUUGUGUCAGGUGGAUUUUUGGAAUGUUUUACAGGCAGUAGAGACCGUCGGGGUGACAUAAAAGGCUGUGAAAGGUGAGUUUUGCCUGAUAUGUCUCCUUUUGUAGGAAAUAAUGCAUGUAAGGUGAAGUAUUUUUGGGUUAAAGUUACAAGAGUUUCACCACUGAUGAUUUUCCUUCCAUCCAUCCAUCUUCUGAACCUGCUUUGACCACGUAGGGUCGCGGGGGGGCUGGCACCUAUCUCCAGCGGUCAAUGGGCAAUCAGGCAGGGUACACCCUGGACAGAGAGCCAGUCCAUCGCAGGGCAACACAGAGACACACAGGACAAACAAUCACACACACACACACACACACACACAUACACACACACACACACACACACACACACACACACACACACACACACACACACACACACACACACACACACACACACACACACACACACAAACCAACACAUUCUAACACCCAAAGCAUCAAAAUAUGACACGUGGGACCAAGCGUCAAUGUAUAACGAUUCGGGAUGCCCCAGCAUGUCAGGAGACGAUCAGGGACAUGUGGCCCCGCUGGCGUCAGUGUUUGAUGCCCGCGGUCACAUGGACAUUAUUCGACUAUUUAACCUUCCUCUCACCCCAAUCCUAACCUCAGUAACUGUGACCGUAUGGUUAGGAUUGGAGUGAGGGGAAGGUUAACUAGUUGACAAGUCGUUCUAAUGUCCGUCUCACCACCGGCAUCGCAUACCAACGCUCUGGGACGGUGUGUCAUCAGUGUGUCCCUGAUCGUCAUUUCCUGACGCGCUGGGGCAUCCCGAAUCGUCACAUAUUGACUCUUGGUCUCACACACACACACACACACACACACACACACACACACACACACACACACACACACACACACACACACACACACACACACACACACACACACACACACACGCUAACAAAUAGAUUAACAUACUGGUCUUCACUGCAGAGCAUUUGGCCUGCCCCCAUUCAUUUCAACAUACUUAUACUUUGCUUUCUUUUGCUCAGAUGUGUGCACAGAUCACUAAGCUGUUCAAAAUAUUCAGAGAAAGUAGAAACAAUCUGCAGUCCAGAUAAAAUCAAUUCAAAUAGAAAAUAGAUUAAGAGGAGUAAAUUGCUUCACAGCUGCAGGUAACACACAGCAGUGCUUUCCAGCUGCUUUAAAAACUCAGAACCUUGCAUAGCUUCAUGAAAACAGAACUCAAAUACAUAAAGACAAACAAAGAAUGGUUUCUGGAAUAAUUUUUGUUUUCUGAAUGUAUAAAAUGUGAAAAUAGAAGGCAAGUAGAAGCCGUUCUUAGGAACUGGUACUGAUGUGACACAGCUGGAAGGGAGCAGCUCUUAAAGUUUAUUUCGGGUCAACAACAAUAUUUCUGACUAACCUCAAGGUCGUAAGGGUGUUUGAAACAUGGCAACAGGACUGUUUGCAGUCACUCACCUUCUUGGAACUGAUGACAUGCUGUAGUUUCAAUUCAGUUGGGCUUGUUCAAAUGAGUUUAUUUAUAUAGCGCCAAAUCACAACAAGGGACGUCUCAAAGCACCUCACGAAGAAAACAUUUCAAUUGAACCUGCUUAUCAGAGCACUGAGUUCAGUUUAUUAUGCAAAUCAGUUAAAAGCCAUAAGAAAACUCAGCAGAUUACAUUGAGUCACUGACUUGUGUUGAGACUUUACAGCAAUCCCCAAACAAUGCAAGCAGGUAGCGACACUCUGUUUUAACAGGAAGAAACCUCCAACGGAACCUGGCUCUGAUAGGAUGGAGCAGAGGCACACAAACACACAUUUGUACCAAGUAGUGUUGCUAUGGCUGCUUGCAAUUUCUCAGUAUUAUUCUUUUUCUGAACAAAGUAUACUUUGCUGUCCCUAUUUUUAAUCAACCCUGUAAUUAACUGAUCAGAUUAUGUCCCUUUGUCUUUGGCAAAAGCACCAAGAAAACAGACAAAAUGGAUUUAAUUAACAGAAAAGCAACCUCAUCAGCUGUGACAGGUAGAGCUUUUUAUGCUGUUCUUUUCCCUGGAAAGUCAAGCUGAUAUUUAGCUUCCAGUUGGAGAUGAUAGUUCCCAGUAGGUGGAAGGUUUUUGCCUGAUAAUAAAUGUAACGUAUAAAGUCCUGAAGUACUCGCGGUAACAUCUCCUUAAAACAUAAAAAUCAGUGGGGUCAGACUUCCUGGGAAUUCAGCUUGAUGAAUAGACAAAUGUUAACGAAGGGUGAUAAUCAGGGUUCCAGUAUAAUUAGCCACUAAUCUUGAGCAGAAGGCUUAAUAUUGAUUUCAGAGAGGCUGAUGUAACGUCUGAACGUCACAGGUUUUAUUCAUGUGAGUGCAGGUCCACAGAAGCUGCUGAGAUGGGAAAGGUAACCUGGUUUUGUUGCCUGUAAAAUUGGCCUCUAAGUUUCAGCGUGCAGCCACAAAGCAAAAUUAGAUUUUCUCUUCUCUUCUUUGUACAUCAGGUUCUCUGCUUCUGUCAACAGGAAAUGAAUUUACACAACCAACACAAGCUGAUCAUGACUGGGUCUAUAUUUUUACGCUAACACACAGCACUACAUGGUAGGGAAACGAUUUUAUAUGAAAGAGUUUUGAAUGGAUCUAUGAGAGUUCAAACUGUGGUUUAAAAAUAGUUAUCAUACUAAUCUAAAAUCGAAAUAGAAAAAAAAUUAAGUUCAUAUUUUUCCAAAAAACUAAAAGUUUCAAAUGUGUGUUUGUGUGCAUGUGUGUGCAUGUGUGUGUCUGUGUGUGUGUGCGCGCGCCUGUGUGUUUGUGUGUGUGUGUGUUUGUGUGCGCGCGUGUGUGUGUGUUUGUGUGUGUGUUUGUGUAAAAUGAUGCAAAGAACAAGAACGGAAAACCCUUCUGCAUCUGUCUGUGGCAAUAUAAUAAUCCCGUUUAGUCCUAUAUUAGGGGAAAAACAGAUAAGAUUUCCCUAAUUUCCCCUGGGAUUAAUAAAGUAUCUUUGAAUUGAAUUGAUCUAAUAAAAAACAGUGGACAAAAGUUUAGUGAGUGCAAACUUCAGAAAAUUGAACAAGAACAUCAGACUCCCUUUCAUCACUGGUAACCAGUAAAGAGGUAAAUGUGCAAAACAAC